UAAUAUACUACAAUCAAAUUAUGAAAUUGGAACAACAAACUCAAACCUCAUCCCCACCUAAAAUUAAAAAACUAAAGCAAGGCAUAACUACUUUACCUCUUGAAUUACUUGUUGAUGUAUUCAGAACCAUCAACACUUAUUCAGAUGGAUUUCCAACAGAUUUGGCUCUGGAUACGGAUAUUCAAUUUAAUUCAAUUCCAUCUAUACAUAUAAAAAUCGCUAUAAUUAAAGCAAAACAUCAAGAGUUGUGGAGUAAAUAUGCUAAAAAGAUGAUGACUUCUUCUUUGAUAAUCUAUUCAUUCAUGGGAGAAGUCUUCCGACUAGCAAAGAGCAAAUUCGACACCUUAUGCAAGGCGGCCUCAAAUGAACUGGCCAAUAUCGAACAGAGAGGAUUAGUUGCUCCAACAGUUUCUUCUCUUCCUUCGACUUCCUCUGCAUGCACAAACCCUGAUUGCAUAAACCGUAUUCAGGCUUUGGAGAAGAGAAUUUCUGAUUUGGAAGGAAAUCUCACCGCCGCACACCUUCGAAUUUCUGAGUUGGAGGCUAUUGUGGCACAAUGUAAGUGCAAGAAAAAAGCUCACUCAAAACUGCCAAAACUGAAAGCUCACUCAAAACUGCCACAGUUAUGUAGAGUCUGUCUUCUUAUGGAACCUUGUGUGAAUUUUCAGGAUUUGGUUGUUUGUUAUCCUUGUCGAACAUUCUUUCGGUACUAUGCAGGACGGGAUCGCCAAUUUAAGUCAUGCAAACGCAGGAAGGAAUGUGCUCGUAUGCGAGCGCUUCGUGACUGUCAAGAGUGCAGGUGGGAGAAGUGCAUUUCUCUUAAGUUGGAUCCCAAGAAGGUUGAUGUUAAGAAGCGAGGCAACGUUGCUGAGGUAUUAUAAGUUUUGUAGUCAUGGG